AUGGGGUCUGACGCUCGCAAAGGCGAGGACGGCACGAUCAAGGUUGCAUCGAAGAAGAAGAAGAAUGGAGUAGUCAAGCUAAAGAAGCUCCCGCCCAAACACAGCAAGCCUGGAAACUGGAGGGACGGUAGUGUUGCGGAAGAUAAGAAGAAGAAUGGCAACUCUUCACCUACAGGUGCGCCUUCGCCAGGCCCUGUUGUGAACCAACUCGACGAAAAUGCCCACGAAACGUUUGCGACCGGCCGACCCCUCGAAGACAACCCUGACCUCCAACAAUGCAAACACUGCAAGAAGAGCGUCCUAAAGACGGCGGCAAAAGCACACAUUGCACAGUGUCUCCGAGUGAAAAAGGAAAAGGCGCAAAAGAAAAAGGAGGCGCGCGAGGCCAGAGAAAGGGCAAAGGAGGCCGCAAGACAGGAGGAAGCACGCAAGGAGGACGAGGAGAAUGGCGAAGGGAAAGGCGACGAUGACAGCGACGAAGACGGAAUCUCGGCUGAAAAGAAGGCCACUGGAAGCAAAACCGCCAAGAAGGCUGCCGGGAAGAAGCCUGAUGACGACAAGAAGGGCAAGAAACGGAAGGCCGAUGGCGAUCCAGAUAAGGGGCCCAAGACGAAGAAGAAGAAGGAUGAGCCUAAGGCCAAGGUUCCUAAACCAAAAGGCCCUGUGGAUGUGGAGCGCCAAUGUGGUGUUAUAUUACCCAACGGGCAGCCUUGUGCGAGAUCCCUGACGUGUAAGAGUCACAGUAUGGGCGCCAAGCGUGCUGUUGCUGGCAGAUCUCUACCAUACGAUAUGCUUCUUGCUGCCUACCAGAAGAAGAACCAAGCAAAACAGCAAAAGGCAGCACUCGACGCCAAUGCUCCAAUAGAGGACGAGGACGAUGCAAAUAACGGCCCUGUCGACUCGGAUGAGGAAACAUCCGCCGUGAUGGGCGCGCUGGCUACUUGGAAACCCCAGCCCGUGAUUCCGCAGCCCACAUUCACCCCGAUCAAACGUCAGUACCAGCUUGCCAGGCUGCACGAACAGCUUCAGAUGGCUACGAAUGGUGGCAGAACCAACAUUUUCGCCGUGAGUGGCUUCGGUGCGCAAAAACUCCCCGAGGGUCAUCCUGGACUGCAGGAAAGCGAGGACGCUCCAGGGGAGCUGGACCUAGGAGUUGUGGGAUUCGGGGCACGAACAACAGCAACGUUUACUCCCCAGCGUCAGGCCUCUGUCUCGAGUAGGGCAUAG